AUGGCCGCCGACGACGACAAACAACCCGAUGAAAAAUCGAUCUUGGGCUCGCCACCAUCGUAUACAUCGUCUGUGAUUCAGAUGCCACCUCCGCCAUACAUGCCCCGAUCGUCUCAUCAUCCUCAUCCUCAUCCUCCACAACGACAUCAUCAUCCACAUCAACAACCCCUACUAGCAACUCACUAUGGCGAAACGUUUCUUGAUCCAGUAUUGCACCCACAAGCCAACGAGGACGAUGAUUAUGACACUCGAUCCACUCGUGGGAAUGCAAGUCGAUACCUACAGAGCUGGAAAGCGGUGCUUCGCGAGGGACGCUGGACGUUACUUGGAUGCUGCUCAUGUCUCGCAUUGAUUUUUAUCAUCAUCAUUACUGUGAUUGUGUUGCGUCCUGGUUACCACAAAAUCCAUCACUAA